UUGCGUAGAUCUAAUAAAACUGAAGAAGAUUCUGAUAAGAACCAUCAUAUGAAGGCACUGGUAAAACUGUGGAUUUAUCGCAAUAUGGUCCAUGUCCUAAUUGUUAUGGAUGGAUUGUUCGUCGCUCUUUGAAAAGACAUAUGAAUGUGUGUUCAUCCGAGAACUAUUCCUCAAAGCGGUCUUUGAUGGUACAAUCAGAUAUUAUCAUGGGAAAGUUACCAGAAGAGGCAUCUCAAGCUCUAGUCAAUGAAGUUUUCCCUAUAAUGAAAAACGAUGAUAUAGCUGAAAUUGCAUGCCAUGACUCUCUUAUAAUAAACCUAGGAAAUCAGUGGAUGAUGCGUAACAGGGGAAAUGAGAUAAUGAGGAAAUAUUAUACCAGCUCUGUGAUGCGCUUAGCAGCAAAAUUGAAACAGGCCACUCAAAAACUUUCCAACACAACUCUAGAAAUGAGUAAAUAUUUGGCACCAAAGUAUUUUGAAGUUGUUACAAAGGCAGCCUUAGUGUGCUGCCAUGCAGAGGAUGAAGAAGAUUUAAAGGCCCCUAGCAAUGCUUUAAAAUUAGGGCAUGAUAUAAAGAGAAUGGUUGAUGCGAAACUUGCCAAAGCAAUCAUACAAGAAGAUAAUGAUGAGCAAAAAGAAGCCCAAGACUUCCUCAGACUUAUGUCAAUGCAGUGGGGCCUUCGAGUUACAAAGUUAGCUAGAUGUGUUUUAAUUGAACGCUCCUUUAAUCAAGUGAAGGAGUUACCUCUGCCUGAUGAUGUAAAAAAACUGUCCAUGCACCUUCAAAAAGAAUUGUCAGGUGUUGAUUUGGAAGACUGUACUUUCUGUAACUUCAGGAAAAUCGCUAUAUUGACGUUAACCAGAAUAACACUAUUCAACAGGAGAAGAUGCCAUGAAGUGCAGGCUUUAAGAGGAAUUCAAAUGUCUUAAACUACCAGGACAGAAACGAAUAGAAAAAAUAAUGAAAGUAAGCUUAUCAAAGAAUGGAGAAAUAUACAAACGAAAGAGAGACACCAUUAAGAAAAAGCUAAGCAAUAUGAUGAUAAAAUUAAGAAACAAGUAACAUGAUUUUCAGGUUAAAGUGCUGAAAAUGUGAACCCAAAAAGUUAUUUUUUGCCUUGCUGUCUCCUCUGACACUCGUGCUAGUCUGAAUUGGAUUAUUUGUUCAUUUUUCAAAAAAUUAAAAAAAGUCUAGGGUUGCCUACCCAGAAUUUAUUCUUGUUUUUGUUGUUUAGUUGAAAAUGUUAAAUAAGCUGUUUUCAAAUGUAUAAAGAAACAGUAGUGCUUUAUAGUUUAAAUGUUUAAAAACAGUUUUAAAGACAGUUGGCAAGAAGCACUUCUAAACAAAUAUUUACUUUCUGCAACAAAUUUAAAUUUGUUUGUGUUGGUGCAUUCCAUAACUAUAUGUUAAUAAUUAAUUGUGAAAUAUAUUGAAAUAAUUACAUUAUUUUCCAUAAACUUGGGAUUUAUUUUGUUAGUAUUCAGUAGAAAAUGUAUUUUGAUUACAAGGUGACCGUCAAUUUUAUGUAUUGUUUUUUUAAAGGACAACUGCUUUGCCAGUGGUAUAACAGAUGAUUGCUUGUCAUUGUUGCAUAUCACACUCUUAUGUUUAUGUGCCUUUGUGAUGACUGAUGCUGGGCAAUGCAUUAAGUAAAGAGUUAAGUCUAUUGAAUUAAAAUACCUUUACAUUUUUUCAGGGGCAUUUGUCACUUUGCUCAACAGCUCUUGUUCAUUUAAUUGAUUGAUUAUGUUUGAUGGAUCAGUGUCACAUCUGCCUACUUUUUUUUUGUUUCCUUUUUGUUGCGUUUUGUCAUUGUAUUUCACGGAGCAAGCUGGGAAAGUCUUGUUAAAUCUUGCAUUAACUUAAUUUCAAAACUGUUAUAUUGACACAUUUUUUUUUUAGAUAUUGUAAUAAUAAAUGCACAAAAGUUUGUUUCUUUAUAUCAUUGAUAAAAUGAAAGUACAUUGCAAAUUUUUCCUACAUUUAUAUUUUUUCUCUGCUUUUUUGAAGACGGAUAUUACCAUGACAUCAGUGUUAGUUAACCUUUUUAGUUUUUUGUUUAUGGUGCAUCAUUUUAAUAUUAAUUAACCUAUAACAAAAUAACUUCAUAUUUGAGUUUACCUCCAACACCCAUUUUCAGGUCAAAAGGUCAAUGUCACUAAAAAAAUUCAAUGGGCUGUAAAAUAAUAAUGCAUAUACCUUGAUGAGUUCCGCCUGCCACACCGAUUCUCAGGUUAAAGGUCACAUGGACCAUACAUAUAUGUAUGUAUGUAGUUAUGUAAUUGGCCAUAAAAUGAUAGUGCAUAUAUUCAGGGACUUGAAUAUUAGAAUAUAGAUAUACUUCCAUGAAAUUUACCUUCAUCUAUUUAUGUCAAAGGACAAUGUCACUGGUACCUGAUAUUUUUUAAAAUGUUACAGGCCAUAUUGAAAGUGCAUAUAACUAGGGGACUACAUCUUGAUGAACUCUACCUCUCUGAACCAUUUUCAGGUUCAAAGGUAAAGGUCAAUUGGACUUGUUUUAAGAAAUGCAACUGGUCAUAAAAUGAACGUGCAUUUACCCAGUAACUUCAAACUUCCUACAUGCAUGAACCUCAUUGACUUCUUCCUGCCACUUAAAGUUUCAGGUCAAAGCCUCUUGCAACCUGUAAAAUGAAAGUGCAUAUGACUUGUAACUUCAAACAUCAUUUGUGAAUGUAAUUUUAUCAUUUCAACCUUCUACACCUAUUUUCAAGUCAUUAUGCCAGAGGUCAAGUUCACUGGCAUCUGUUUUAAAAUUGGUGAUGAAAUGACCAGGAACUCCAAACUUCAUGCAUGGAUGCACAUUGAUGAUUUCUACCUCCUUCAGUCAUUUGUGGUCAUAAGGUCAAGGUUAAAUGUGUAAAUUGUGCUUUUUACUAAUCCAGAACCAUGCUGCUCAUUGGACAGCUCUUGUUUAAAAAACAAAUUGACUUUUAACUUUUUAAAGUUUGUAGUUUGUUCUCAAUGAGAGCCCAUGACGCUUAGUAUAAAUAGAAUGUCCUGAAAGAAAUUUAACUUUACUGAAGUUGUCUCUGUAUUUUUUUGGCGCUUUGACAUACUUGUUUAAUAUUAGAAUUAUGUAUGUUCAUGAAAAUUAAUCAAUAUCUUUGAUGUGAAAGCAUAACUUAUGUUGAAAAUAAAAUAUAUUUUAUCUUGAAAUUCUUGUUGAGUUUACAUCUCAACUGAUUAAGAAGAAAGGAAAAUAAACUAGAACUGCCACUAUCAUGGCGUGAAUACCCCCGCAUACCACUUUGUCAGAAUCAACAGUGGCCAUUUAGAGCUCAAGGACAACCUCCCAGCCAAAUCUGAGGUAACUAAGCCAGUGCAUUGCUAAGUUAUGUAUUCUACAUGCUUUAAAUGUGAAAAUGUCAAAAUCAAUACAUUGCGGACAGGACAUUCUUUGGCAAUUAAGAAAAAAAGCUUCUUUUUUUGUCAAGGUCCCUGUGACCUUGACCUUUGACCCAGUGACCUCAAAAUCAAUAGGGGUCACCUUAUAGUCAUGAUCAACAUCCAUGCCAAAUAUGAAGACUGUGGGUCAAAGGAAUCUUAAGUUAUUGGGCAGACAAACUUUUUGAAGUCAAAGUCCCUGUGACCUUGACCUGGUGACCUCAAAAUCAAUAGGGGUCAUCUACUAAUCAUGACUAACCUCCAUGCCGAAUAUGAAGACUGUGGGUCAAAGGAAUCUUAAGUUAUAGGGCGGACAAGCUUUUUGAAGUCAAGGCCCCUGUGACCUUGACCUUUGACCUGGUGACCUUAAAGUCAAUAGGGGUCAUCUACUAAUCAUGACUAACCUCCAUGCCAAAUAUGAAGACUGUGGGUCAAAGGAAUCUUAAGUUAUUAGGCGGACAAGCUUUUUGAAGUCAAGGCCCCUGUGACCUUGACCUUUGACCUGGUGACCUCAAAGUCAAUAGGGGUCAUCUACUAAUCAUGACUAACCUCCAUGCCAAAUAUGAAGACUGUGGGUCAAAGGAAUCUUAAGUUAUUGGGCGGACAAGCUUUUUGAAGUCAAGGCCCCUGUGACCUUGACCUUUGACCUGGUGACCUCAAAGUCAAUAGGGGUCAUCUACUUAUCAUGACUAGCCUCCAUGCCAAAUAUGAAGACUGUGGGUCAAAGGAAUCUUAAGUUAUUGGGCGGACA